AUGCUUCCGUGGCAAAGACAGACAGUAACUAGCUCAAUUUUUCCACCACAAAAUCAACAUGAACAGUUCAUUCGCCUGAUAUUAAUGCAGCAACACAUCCAAUUCGCGUCGUUUCUUCAACAACAGCAGAAAAAGAAUGGCGAGAUACCCUCGCCUCUUAAUGUCACGCCACCGCAGUCUGAAGAGGGAGCAAAAAAGAAAAAGUUUGAUUUCACUCACAUGGCGGAAUCGAUUGAAUCAGAGCAAAACAACAAAGAAGUGAUGCCGGUAAAACUGACGGCGACGCCGUUUAGACCCUUAUUACCUCCACUUCCAAUUGAGCAGCCAUGGUUUAUGCUUGGUGGGCGCGGGCGCGCACCUGGAAGAGCGAGUAGACCGAAAAAGGAAUUUAUUUGCAAAUAUUGCGAGAGGCACUUCACCAAGUCCUACAACUUACUGAUUCAUGAAAGAACUCACACUGAUGAACGUCCAUAUUCGUGCGAUGUUUGCGGAAAGGCCUUCCGCCGCCAGGAUCAUUUACGCGAUCACAAAUUUAUUCAUCAAAAGGAAAAACCAUUCAAAUGCGAGGUGUGUGGCAAAGGAUUCUGCCAAUCUCGCACUCUUCUCGUUCAUAGAGCAACUCACGAUUCUUCGAGACAUAUUCAACUGGAUCGUUCCCCUCGACUCGAUGUCAAAAGUGAAGGAAGCAUGAGUCUAACCCCAUUGUCGUCGCCACAAAUUUCGCCACGUCUUGACAGCCCCUCGAAUUCCAACUAA